AUGCCUCAAAAUGAGUACAUGGAGAGGUGGCGCAAGCUGCACGGCCGCCGGCUCGAUCAUGAGGAACGGGUUCGCAAGAGAGCCGCCCGCGAGGGUCACAAGGCGUCCCAGGACGCGCAGAACCUGCGAGGCUUGCGGGCCAAGCUGUACCAGCAGAAGCGGCGCAAGGAAAAGAUCCAGAUGAAGAAGGCCAUCAAAGCGCACGAGGAGCGAAACGUAAAGACUGCCGACGAGAAGGAGCCUUCGACACCGAUGCCUUCGUACCUGCUCGACAGGACGAACCCGUCCAGCGCCAAAGCUCUGAGCAGCGCCAUCAAGAACAAGCGGGCGGAAAAGGCGGCCAAGUUUGCCGUUCCUCUGCCCAAGGUUCGUGGCAUCAGCGAGGAGGAGAUGUUUAGCGUCGUCAAGACGGGCAAGAAGAUCCAGAAGAAGGGCUGGAAGCGAAUGGUGACCAAGCCCACCUUUGUGGGGCAAGACUUCACCCGACGAAACCCCAAAUACGAGCGCUUCAUCCGUCCCAUGGGUCUGCGUUACAAAAAGGCCAACGUUACGCACCCGGAGCUUGGUGUCACGGUGCAACUGCCCAUCAUUAGCGUCAAGAAGAACCCCCAGAACCCGCUCUACACGCAGCUCGGCGUCCUGACCAAAGGAACCGUCAUCGAAGUCAAUGUCAGCGAGCUGGGGUUGGUGACCGCCGGCGGGAAAGUCGUCUGGGGUCGAUAUGCGCAGGUCACCAACAGCCCGGAGAACGAGGGCUGCAUCAACAGUGUGCUGCUGGUGUGA